AUGAUGGAAUUGCAUAUUAAAGUGUUUAAGGACCUGCCGCCAUUGAAUGAUAAUGAUAAAGUAUGUAACGUCUUAAUACAGGGUCAAUUUGUUCGCAAACGCAACUUAUCCAAAAGUCUCAUGUUUGGUGAUAUCCAGUUACAGGAUGGAGAAUUGUUGGAGGUCAUGAUACGUGCGGAGGAAGGGGUACUGGAUAUCACGACAAUUCGCCAGAUCAAUUGGGACGUGCAUCUCGGCGACAUGGUCACGGCUCAAGGAAUGUUACAAUGUAAACGUCAUGAAGUAGAACACCCGGAUGAAUGGCUUUUUGUGCUCCACUCCAUUCAAGUGGAUGAACUCUGGAGUCUGUAUCACACAAGCACCAAGUUUAGCUACAUUGGCCCCGACUCUGUUGAUGUAAAAGGUUCGUGGAUGUUGCCACCUUCUUCAAAGGCAGCAACAGCAAAUAAGUACACCAAUAUGGUUGUAUUGAACGGCUUCAACACCUGCAAGUACUAUUUCUCGUCCUCGAAUGGUACCAAUUGCCUGCGUGGAGAGCAAUGCCACUUUUGGCAUGGACAGCCUGCGGAUUUUAAACAAAAUCGACGCCGAUGGAUGGCGAAGCGGCUCGAACAGCGUGCAAAAGCUGCACAACUGGCAGGUGAUAGUAGCGAUCCUCACUCCAAAAUCGACAAGGCGCAACGUAGCCGCAUCUUCUGCGAUUGGCUUGUGGACAUUUUAGGAAAUGAACAUCUUGCCUCAGGAACGGGUGUUGUUGAUGUAGCUGGUGGUAAAGGUGAUAUCCCGAUUCAACUCUGGAUUCAACGAGGUAUUCCGACAACGCUAAUUGACCCGAGACCCAUGAAACUUGGCAAAUACAACCGAAAACUUGUUGCUAAGGCGCAAGCUGCUGACGGUCGCAAGAUGAGCCCUCAAUUGCUCCGCUGCCUCGAUGACGAAACAUUGAAGUUGCACAAGGAGCUGUUUACAGACUGCUCUAUUCUCGUUGGCAUGCACCCAGACGAGGCCACUGAAGCUAUUGUUGACGCUGCUAUGACGCUAAGAAAGCCAUUUGCCGUUGUGCCUUGUUGCGUGAUGAGCCGGGCAUUUCCAAAUCGCCAAUGCCGUGAUGGCACACUUGUCGACACGUACGAGACAUUCGUAAGAUAUCUUUUAGAAAAGCAUCCAUCAGUUCAAAGCGCAUUCCUGCCGUUUGCUGGCCGCAAUCAGGUGCUGUACCUUUUCGACUACGACGAGGGACAAAGAGCGAGCGCUAAAAUCGUUGACACAACCAGCACAUAA